AUGUCCGAGCAAGAAAAGACUCCUCCCGCCGCCGCCGAACCACAACCUCCCGUCGACAACAAGCCCACCGACGCCCCAGCUCAACCAGAACACCCUCCCACCGAUGGCAAUGACAAGACAGAACAGCCGGCCACCGAGGCUGCCCCCGCGGAAGCUCCCACAGAGCAACCCAAGCAAGACGACGCCGCCCAGCCGGCCGACAACAAGCCCGACUAUCUGGCCAAGAACCCGGCACUGAGUGAAUUCUUCGACCGUCUGCCCGCCAUCCUCUCGUCCGCGGGCCAUAAUGAGAUGUGGGGCGUCACCCUCAGGGAUUCCGCCGACGUCCCCACCGUCAACGUGAUGAUCAAGUUCCUGCGUGCUAAUGAGGGCAACGUCAAGCAAGCCGAGGACCAGCUGAUCAAGGCCCUGCAAUGGCGCAAGGAGAUGGACCCCACCGCCCUGGUCGACACGGCCAGCUACAGCGCCAGCAAGUUUGGCGGCCUCGGCUACCUGACCACCUACCAGGAUGCUAACGGCAAGGAGACCGUGGUCACCUGGAAUAUCUACGGUGCGGUCAAGAAGAUUGAUGAGACGUUUGGGAAUAUGGAUGAGUUCCUCAAAUGGCGCGUUGCCCUGAUGGAAAUGGCCGUCAAGGAGCUCAAGAUGGACCAGGCCACCACCGUGAUGGACUACAAUGCCGACGAGGACCCCUACCAGAUGCUCCAGGUGCACGACUACCUCAACGUCAGCUUCCUGCGUAUCAACCCCAACCUCCGCGCCGCCACCAAGAAGACCAUCGAGGUCUUCGCCAUGGCCUACCCGGAGCUCCUGCGCGAAAAGUUCUUUGUCAACGUCCCCGCCAUCAUGGGUUGGAUGUUCGCCGCCAUGAAGGUCUUUCUCAGCAAGAACACCACCCGCAAGUUCCAUCCCAUCUCCAAUGGGGCCAACCUGGCGCGCGAAUUCCCCUCCCCCUUGAAGGACCAGUUCCCCAAGGCGUACGGCGGUAACGGACCGGCCUUGCAGGAUAACGCAAGGACCGUGAACCUUGUUGCGGACCCGGAGCCGGCUCAGGAGGCUUCCAAGGAUGAGGCCCAGGAGGCUCCCAAGGAUGCGCCCAAGGAGGAGCCCAAGGAGGAGCCCAAGGAGGAGCCCAAGGAGGAGCCCAAGGAGGAGCCCAAGGAGGAACCCAAGGAGGAGUCUAAGGCAGAGACUACACAGGAAUCCGCGGAUGCUCCUGAGAAAAACGAUGCCGCUGUGACGGAGGCUCCCGCACCUGCAGCCGAAGCCAAAUAA